AUGGACUACCAGUAUGCGCCCCCGUAUCCGCACGCGCGACCCCCUCUGCACUCUGCCCACUCUGCAGGCUCCUUCAGCAGGAUAUCGACCGUAUCGGACCUCGCAGAUUUCGACCAUGUACAGCCACGGCCGUCGCUGGUUUCCCUUCAGUCGGAAUAUGAUCAUGGUGGAUCAAAUUAUCAAAGUCAUGACAUCGGGGGAGAGGGCGGACAUGUCUACGCAGGAGCCCACACGGGCUGGUCUGCGCUGUCAAACUUGUCAGGCUUAGGCGGGGGAGGCGCUAGAAAGAGCAACUACGAGCCAGUGCAGUUUUCAGACCAGCUCUCCGUAAACCACCACCAACCACCACCGUUCCAGCGCAACAGGCACAGCCAGGGCCGGUCCUUUGCCGCCCGCGCUGCCCAUCUGAACCGCCGACAUGACACGAUUCCCGAAGAAGAUGGCAUCGAUCUCGGCCUCAUCCAGUCCGCCGCGCCCCUAGGCGGCAGCCAUCCUCCGGCUCCAGCCCUGUACCCACGCGUCGAGCCUGUCUUCGAUGUUAGCGCAGCCUUGGGACCAUCUACACACGCGGAUGACAAGUUUGUUAGGUCGUUACAGGAACAGGAAGCACAGGGCAAACUCACCGGUGGUUUGGGGGCUGGAAUCCGUACCGAUGCUGUGGUGACAGAAUCUGCGCUGCUGGCUACGAGUCCCAUCUCCGAAAGAGGCUCUUCUAUGCGACGCUCAUUCACAAGAGCCGCUGCACAUCUCAGUCGCCAUGACACUGUCAAGCAGUUGGCACAGCAGGAGGCAAACAAAAGAGGAGAAGUAAUUGAGGUGGUGAUGGACGACGACAUCAUGAGCAACUCGGGCAAGUUCGACUUAAGCGUCAUGGCUGGACCAGACCCAGGGUCAAAAAGUCCGUAUACCCAAAUGCGGCAGACGACGUUUCCUACAUCCAAGAGGAUUGAGAAGCAGGUGUUCUACCCUACGCCAGACUGGAAACCCUUUUCCAUGACAUGGCCAUAUUUGGUGUCACUCAUCAUCAUCUCCAUCGUUGCGGCCGGGGGCGUGGAAGUCCUAUACCAACGAUCAGCCAACCAGCCGUUGGUUGUCUUCAGGUCGCCCACCGAUAUAACACCUAGCGUGUACUUCUGUGUCAAGUUCUUGCCGACACUGAUUGCCGUUACAUAUGGUGUGCUCUGGCAGAUUACCAACUUCGAGGUGAUGCGCCUUGAAGCUUUCUACCAGCUAUCCAAGGAGGACGGCUCCCUGGCAGCAGAGUCAAUCAACGUGGACUACUUUACCUUCUUCAACCUCUUCCGACCUAUUCGGGCCCUCCAUUACAAACACUAUGCGGUAGCGGUAUCAACCGUUGCAAGUCUUCUCGCCAACGCGCUGGUCCCGACUCUCUGCUCAGCCUGCAUUAUCCUUUCACCAGACCGUGACACUCGCCUCCUGAACCCUAACGACGAAAAGCGCAUUUCCAUCCACCACGUCUGGUCACGCAUCCUCACACUCACGCUUGUGAUUAUUGCCGUAUUCGGCUGCAUCCUCUUCUACCAACUACAAAGUCGUCGCUCCGGCCUCCUCGCCGACGUCAAAGGCAUCGCCGGUCUAGCUUCCAUGGCCACGGUCAGCCACAUCCUCAUGGACUUCAAAGACAUGGACGUGGCCACGCACAAGGACAUCCACAACAAGCUCAAAAACCAUCGCUACGUGCUGCGCAACUCUGCUCUUGCCCCCGCCGACGAAGUCUACAAUAAACCGCUUUCCAAAAAGGAACAAGACCGCGAACGUUACACCGGCAGCCACCUCGACGAAAACCCUCACCCGCUCUCCCUUCGCGCCGUGGGCGCCAUCCCCUUUAUCACCUUCAUCACUCUCUUCUCGGUGCUGAUCCCCUGCGUCCUCUUCACGCCCGCCAACGUCCUGGCCGACCGAGCCCCCUGGGUGAUCACCGCCUUGGCCGUCUGCCUCAAGCUCAGCUGGGGCGCCAUGGAGACGGAUGUGCGCAUGAUGGAGCCGUACUACAUCCUCUCUACGAAGAGGCACGCGCCUCCCAAGACGCUGACCCUUGACUACAGGUCUAUGCCCUUCGGCGGGUGGGUCGCGCUAAAGGGGGCCAUGAACGGACACUGGCUGGUGAGCUUUGUCGGUUUCGGGAGCGUCAUGGCGGAGUUUUUGACAGUGUUGGUCACAAGCUUGGCGAGUGUGGAGGGGAGGGUGUUUGUCGAUGCUACCAAGGAGGCGUUAUUGCUUGAUGGGAGAUCGGAGUUCCAGUCUCACAAGGCUAGGGACGACGAAAACGACACAAACUCAAUCAACGCCGGCCAAGAAACUCCAUUAUCCUUCUGGAUCUCGCUGUGUCUGGCGGACUUUGUCCUGCUGUACAUGGGGGUGCUAGCCACCAUUGUGUUCAUUCGACGCCGCCGCGUGUUCUUGCCAAGGCAGCCGAAUACCAUUGCCAGUGUUCUGGCGUAUAUCCACCAGAGCAAGAUGUUGUACGACUUUGUAGGCACGAAUAAGCUGAGUAAUGCCGAUAUGGUCAGGAAGCUGGAGGAUCAGGUGGGCAAGACAUAUGGGCUGGGAUGGUUUCAGGGACGGGAUGGGCAGGUGCAUUGUGGUGUGGAUGAGGAGGAGCUGUUGACGGGAUAUAGAAGGGGGAUGGAUUAUUCGAAGGCGACGAAGCCGUGGGCGGAGGGGGUGGAGUGGCUGUGA